AUGGCAUCCCCAUCCUCUUCUCAGGCCGAGACCCGUUCUCAAACGCCUCAAUCCGAACCCAGUACAACCCCUGCUUCUUCUCCUCCACCCGCAGAAGAUAACUUUGAAGAUGAGCUCAAUCCCGAUUUCCUCUUCACAAAAGAGGAGAAGGCUAUGCUGGAGGAAGAACAGAAAGUCAAGGCUGAGACGGACAAGCGGGAGGAGCAGAGAAAGAAGCGGGUACUGAAGAAGACUGGGCCACUCACACGAGAUGAGAGAGACACGAAAGCUACGGAAUUGAACGAAUUGCUCGCGAAGAGCGAAGUCUUCAGCAAGAUCUUGACUGGAAAGACGAAAGCGCUUGGGAGGAUGGGUACCACGAUGGACGGUACCUCUGCUGCAAUUGGAGAGCACCAUCUCGAGAUGACCAAGCAACCCAAGACCAUGAUCGGUGGCACGAUGCGCGACUAUCAACUGGAGGGGUUGACAUGGAUGGCUGAGAUCGCUUUGCAGGGAAUGUCUGGAAUUCUGGCAGAUGAGAUGGGCCUUGGAAAGACUAUUCAAACUAUCUCUUUGAUUGCACAUUUGCGGGAGAUGGAAUUCUAUGGUCCAUUCCUCAUUGUAGCCCCACUCAGCACCUUGUCGAACUGGAUUGAAGAGUUCGAGAAGUGGGUACCGGGUCUGCCUGUGCUUCUUUAUCAUGGAACCAAGCCGCAUCGGACAAGCAUCUUCAAAUCCGAGAUGGAGAAGAAUGUUGACAAGUCGAGACGGGUCAACAAACGUUUUCCUGUCGUCUGUACCAGCCCGGAAAUGAUCUUGAAGGACGAGAACAACUUCACCAAGAUCAAAUGGGAGAUCAUAAUGAUCCCUGUGCUGAAGGACGAGGGUCAUCGCAUGAAAAACUCGAAUUCCAAGCUAUUUCAAGUUUUGAAGUCUUUUUACUCAGCUACUCGUUUCCUGAUUACUGGUACUCCUUUGCAAAACAACCUUAAGGAAUUGUGGUCGUUGCUCAACUUCUUGCUACCAAAUAUCUUCAAAGACUGGACGCAAUUUGAGGCAUGGUUCGAUUUCAGCGAACUUCAAGAUGAGCAAGGAACCGAGGAAUUUAUUCAGGACACGAUGAAGCAGGAGCUCGUCAAGAAGAUGCAUGUGAUACUCCAACCACUACUUCUGCGUCGUGUCAAGGCAGAUGUCGAGCAUAUGCUCCCGAAGAAGCGAGAGUAUAUUCUGUAUGCCCCAAUGACGAAGGAGCAGACCGAUUUGUAUAAUACAAUCGGUGACAAGACAGCGGAUUUACGAAAAUAUCUAGAAGACAAGGUUAUCCAACGCUUGACCGAAGCAGCAGUCUCACCCCAAGACUCGGGGAAACCCAGUCCGAUUCCCACCCAGAAAAAUCGAAGCAUAAAGACCGAAAAGGCUGCAAGCAAGAAUCUUCUAACUAGCCCUGUUGCCCUCAGAUUUCGCGACAACGGAGCCUCAGAUGUCAAGCCGCUCCCCAAGAAUGCUUUCGAGAAGAUGAUGGCCAAUAAGUCAUCCCUGAAGCCGAGAGGUAGACCCAAGAGUUCACUGAAGCGAAAGUCUCUGGAUGAUCUAGCCACCUCUGAAUCCAAAUCCGUGAAGUCCAGCCGCAAUUCGACCCCAGCCGGCAGUAUCCGGAGUCGGCAGUCAAAGGCGAAGAAGACGUAUGCUGAAGCUCACUCCUCGGAUGAAGAUGAUUUGAGCGACGACGAAUUUGAGCAGAAGCUUGCUGAUGAGCUUGCCGUGAAGGAAGAGGAAGAGGCGAAAGCUGAUGGCCAAGAGGUUGACGAGCGGGCGAAAAUUAUUGAUCUAGCCAGAAAAGAGAUAUCAGGCAAGAAAUUAGGCAAUCCCCUCAUGCAACUUCGUUUGGCAUGCAACUCACCGCAUAAUUUUUACAAUGUCUGGUCACUGGAUUCUGGACUCGAAGUAGAUGAAACACUCGUCACUUCUUCCGGAAAGAUGUUGCUUCUCGAUCGCCUCCUCCCUUCAUUGUUUGACCGUGGGUCUAAGGUUUUAAUUUUCUCCCAAUUCAAGACAUCACUGGACCUGUUGGAAGAUUAUGCCAGAGAUCUGCGAGGCUACAACGUCUGCCGCCUCGAUGGCUCAGUCGCACAAGACGAUCGACGCAAGCAGAUCAAGGAGUUUAAUGAAAACCCGGAAUUCAAACUCUUCCUCCUGUCCACUCGUGCUGGAGGCCAAGGCAUCAACCUUGCAACCGCCGAUACCGUCAUCCUGUUCGACAGCGAUUGGAACCCACAGCAGGAUCUACAAGCUCAGGAUCGCGCGCAUCGAAUCGGACAAACCAAACCUGUUGUUAUUUUCCGUCUCGCUACCAAAGGCACAGUUGAAGAAACUCUGCUCAAGAGUGCAGAAGGCAAGCGCAGAUUAGAGAAAGCGGUUAUCAAAAAAGGUGGUUUUAAGACGAUGGGACAAAAGAUGGACAAUGAAGGUGGCAUGAGCGAAGCUGAUUGGAAAACUUUGCUGUUGAAAGAUGGCCAAGUGUAUAAGACCAGUGGUGGUGAUGAGGUUCUGACUGAUCAAGACCUAGAUGUCUUGUGUGAUAGGUCCGAUGAGGCGUAUGCUAAUGCUGCGAACGGUCUGGGUAAUGCUGGUGGCUAUGAGAUUGUGGAGACUAAGGCUGGUGGGAUGAUGAUAGAUCUCGCAUCAAAGUCAUGA